AGAAAAAUUCCACACAAAAGAGCAGCGAUGGCUGGCUGGAAGCCCUGUUGAGAAAGAGAAGGAGGCAAGAUGUGAGAAAAGACAGGAGACAGAGAGGCAGAGUAUGAGUAAAAAAGGGGUGGGAGAGGCACUGGAGGGAGAAGAGGAGGAGGCGGGAGUCUGAAGCAAACAGCUUAAGACGAUAUGAUGUCAAUUCACAGGAACCUGGCCGUGCUUCUCCUUUUUCUUCACUCCCACCUCUACACUCAUGCUGCCUCCACUUCAUCUCCCGUCACUCAUCCACCAUUCAAAUACAUAACCAUUAACUCAAAUAAUGAGUAUGAAGAUGAAGAAGAGUUUGACAAGCACAGCUCUCCUCCUGAAGUGGUGUAUCCUGCGAGAACCACACUUCUUCGACAGAAACCACAGUUUUGCCAAUACGACCCUUGCUUGGAGAAUCAGGAACCCUGUGAAGAUCUUAAUGAAAGGACUGGGUGCCUCUGUCCGGGGAGAAGUGGAGCUGAUGUGCCUCCUAAAGAACCACGCAUUGAUACGCUGCUGCCAAUCAGUGAAGGGGAACACAAAGGGAAAAUAGAGGUUCAGUGGUGCGCUCCAUCUUCUGUGGUGACUCGGUACAGAGUGGUGGUUCAGGGAAAUGAAGAAGGCGCCCUGGAGUUUCAGGCUACUGCGCGAAGAACUUUGGUCGGAUCUUUGGAACCUGGUACUAUGGUGUGUGUGGAGGCGGUGAACAAAGCAGGAGGCAGCGUACCGUCAGAGUUCUCCUGUAAGCGGUAUGAACGUCCUGAAUCUUCUGAUCAUAACUUGUUGCUCGGGGUCAUAGGAGGAGGAGUCAUCUUUCUUCUUAUUCUCAUCAUAACAGCCGUGAUCCUCUGGAAGUAUCAAAUGUAUAAAAGGGCAAAGAGAAACUCCACUGAUGGAUUAGGAAACCCUUCUUACAGCACAGAGGGAACUCUGUGAUCCAGCACAGACAAUCCAUCCCAGUCACACUGAACAGGCCCUGGAGACAGGGGGCACAGCAACGGUGCAAUCAUGAACAAAAGCCAGAUAGUUCUGCAGUGGUGUCAUGAUUGAUUAUUAAGAAGUUGUAUACAGUCCUGUUUCAAGGAACAUGUAAACAUACUGGGGACAAGAGGAGUAGGGUUCCAGGAAUAACACUAACAAAUGGGUAUUUUGUGUCAUUUUAGGGUUAGAACUACAGGUUUGUUUGCUGGCAAAUUAACAUUGUAGGCAUAUUGUGUUCUGUUUUUUAGCGUUGCUGAAUUGACUUGUAAAUAUUAAUGAUUUUUAGAAUAUACUGACUGAAACUUUUAUAAUACACUAAAACUUAUUUUAAUAAAAAAAACAAACUUUGUAAAAUGUUGCUUUCAUCUGAAAGGCUUUGCACAGCUACAUUUUGUUACAUAAAGCCAAUUAAUGAGUAUAACAUGUCUUGGCAAGGAGUGCAUGGCCACCACAGGCCACAAGAGCAGCUUUGAUGUGCAUCAAGUCUCUGAGGGACUGACCCACAGUCGGCCAAAAUGUUUUGUAGCUGUUGACUUGGGUCUGGUGACUGAAAUAUAAUAUCAACACUUGUCAAACCACUCAUUAAAUUCUUGUGUGCUGUACA